UAUUUAUAUACAUAGUAUAUUUCAUUUAGUUCCUUAGUAUAUAUAGUCUCUCUAGCACCAUGGCCGAUGACGACGAUAAACCAAAGAAGCACACGAUCGAGUCGCUCUUUCGCAUUUACUGCAAUCAUAAGGUGAUUGGCUCCGAUCUAGAAAACCAGGAAUAUCAUAGUAUUCUGCUCUCGCAACUGGACUGCUGGCUGGAGCAGGCCAAGCUAAUGCCUGUGCCCAUUACGCGCACACAAACCGGGCUAAUCUAUAUGCGCUAUAAAAAGUGGCGUCUGGAAUAUGAAGAUUUUCUUGAGGUGCUGCAAAUACUCUGCUCUGAGUCAGAUUUGAACUAUGAGGAAAUGAAGGAAACACUCGUCUUGGCUGGCGCACCGACUGGUGCUACGGAAAUCGUUGUAGUUAAAUAAAAAUUUUGAUUAUGUG